AUGAUUGGAGAAGUUUAUUCUUCAAUAAUCGUCUACUUGGAAGCAAUUGGAUUAUUUUCUAAUUUUCUUUUAAUUUGGUUAAUUCUCCGAUAUACAAUGAAUGAAAUGAGAGUUUAUAAUCGAAUACUUUUACAAACUUGUGUUGUUGAUAUUAUUGGGAUUUUUUCAUUUGCUGUUGUUCAGCCGGUUUAUGUUUCUGAUAAUGGUGUUGGAACAGUAUGGGAAUAUGGACCAACACAUUAUUUGCCAACUCCCUGGCAAAGUAUUUGUUUUAUGUUUUUUGUAUUUAUUGCCAGAUUUACGACAAUGAAUGUUUGUUCACAAUUUGUUUUUCGUUAUUUAACAGUUGUUCGGUAAUUAUAUGUAUAUUUUUAUUAAAAAUUUUAAGCAUAGACCGAACUUUACAAAUUGGCGAUCCCGUAUCCUGAUU